AUGAGUGAGUUACCGCUUGCGGGUCCAGCCCCUCAGAAUAACCGCAAUGACAGCCACGCCAGUGUCCCUACAUCCAUCCAGAACUUCGGCAGCGGCCCCCAAUACACCAAUACCUCUGGACCCCAGUAUAAUAAUACGGCAGGCGGCACGCAAAUAACCGGUGACAAUCAUAUUACUGCUGAAUACAACCAGAACUACGGCGGCUUGCAACUCAACGGUGGCCAUCAGUCUUCCCAGUAUGUUGUAAUAGGAAGUAUCACGCAAAUAUUUAAUGCCAAUCCGCCUCCAGAUAACCAAAACACUCCAGAGGAUAAAAAUGCAAAAAAUGCCAGCCUAGACCUUUGUCUUCAAUCGCUGGCCUUUGAACAAAUGGAAAAUCGACGUAUGGAAAUCAAAACUGGCGCCAAGGGAACAUGCGAGUGGCUAUUUCAACAUAAGACGUAUAAGGCCUGGGCUACUUCUGAUCGUGAUCUACUUUGGAUCAAGGGGAAGCCCGGCUCCGGAAAGUCGACUUUACUGCACUACGUUCUCGAGAAAGCGUUCAAUACCCGCAGCAAUGAUACCAUAAUCCUCUCCUUCUUUUUCCACGGCCGCGGUAGUGAGCUCCAAAAGUCACCACUCGGCUUCUACCUUUCUCUCCUCUAUCAGCUCCUCUGCGAAAUUCCCGGUGCUUUUCCUGAACUCCUUAGUACCUUUGAAACGCGGUGCAGUAAGAGGGGUAUACCGAAUAAAGAUUGGAAGUGGCAUGAAAAGGAAUUACUGUAUUUCUUCGAGUCCUCACUCCCAGUGGUCUUGAAAAGCCGCCCAGUCUGCCUAUUUGUCGAUGCGCUGGACGAAUGUGGGGAGAAUGCUGCGGUUGAUUUGGCAAAAAAAUUCAAUUCCUGGUUCAAAGAUCUCUCAUCUGAUGGUUUACCAUUUCAUAUCUACUUUACCUGCCGUCACUAUCCUAUUGUGGCCUUUGAAUGUAGGUCCCAAAUUUGUGUUGAGGAAGAAAACGCAAAGGAUAUUUCGAUCUACGUGCACUCCACGCUUCCUAAUAUUCCAGGCCCAGUUCAAGAUAUGAUAGUCAAGCGUGCCUCUGGCGUUUUUAUGUGGGCACGUCUUGUAGCCACUCGCAUUAUUGAACGUGAUAUUGACAGGUCUGUUGAUUGGGAAGGGGUUGACUGGCCGGAGGCUGGCUGGGAGAAGGUUGAAGAGAAAAUCGGGCGCAUUCCUAACGAACUCAGCGAUUUAUACAAACAACUUGUCGAGAGCAUAGAGGAUAAGCAGGAGGCCCUAAAACUAUUCCAAUGGGUCUGCUUUGCCAAACGACCCCUAUCUUUAGACGAGUUACGAUGGGUCAUGAUCGUUGACCCUAAACUUGACGGUCCACACAAGUUACUAAAAGAAUCAAAAGACGCGCCUGGCUUCCCACCUGAUAACGAGGGCAUGAAAAGGAGAUUUACGAGACUAAGUUGUGGCCUUGUGGAGGUUGUGCCACCAUCCAACAAGCCGGUUGUCCUGUUAUUCAACAAGCCGGUUGUGCAGUUCAUCCACCAGUCUGUCAAAGAUUUUUUCGUCGAGAGAGGACUAUUCAUGUUAGACAGUGGUGCGCGCUCGACCGAAAACCCAAAAAUUGUGGUAGGAAACGCACACUAUCAACUGUUCAGAACCUGCAUAUGCCACUUUGCGAUAAAGAAGGUCACCCAGUCAAGCAGUACAGAUAUAUCCGACUUAGAGUCUCAGUUUCCGCUAUUACGUUACGCUGCGGAGUCAUGGAUGUUGCAUAUAUGUCAAAGUGACUCGCAUGAAUUCCCUCAAGAUAACCUGCUAGACUAUUUUGGCUGGCCCUCGGAGAACCUUGUGCAAACGUGGGAGCGAGUUUGCUUUUAUAUGGCUCCAAGUAUAAGUGUAACAGCAACACUAGGGAAAAGCCUACUGCAUGUAGUGUCGCAAUACCAGAUGAAAGGGCUACUACAAGCUAUCCUGGAAAGGAGGGCAGAUCAGCAUAACUUUGAUAUCAAUGUGAGAGAUGGCUGUGGCCACACUCCACUUAUACUGGCCUCUAAGCAUGGGCAUAUUGCUACUGUCCAGCUACUCCUUCACUCAGAUAAGGCUAAUAUUGAUGCAAAGGGGAAUAUCAACAGAAAGUGGCAUAUAAAGCCCUUUUCGAUGUUUCUUCCCGAUACCAACAAGGUGGAUAUUAAUGCAAAGGAUAACAAUGGCAUGACACCACUUAUAUCCGCCUCCCGGUAUGGGCAUGAGGCUAUAGUUAAGAUACUUCUUAACACAAAAAAGGUGGAUAUUAAUGCAAAGAAUAAGAAUAGUAUGACACCACUUAUAUCCGCCGCUUGUUAUGGGAACGAGGCUAUAGUUAAGGCACUUCUUAACACAAAGAAGGUAGAUGUUAAUGCAAAGGAUAAUUUGGAUCGGACAGCGCUUAUAUAUACUUCUAAGCGUGGGCAUGAGGCUAUAGUUAAGAUACUUCUUAACACAGGCCAAGCGGAUAUUAACGUAAAGGAUCAGUGGGGUCGAUCAGCCCUUAUAUAUGCUUCUGAGAGUGGGCAUACAGCUGUUGUUGAGAUACUUCUUAACACAGAUAAGGUAGAUAUUGAUGGAAAGGAUAAGAUGGACAUGACAGCCCUUAUACAUGCUUCUGAGCGUGGACAUGAGGUUAUGGUUAAGAUGCUUCUUAACACAUGCAAAGCGGAUAUUAAUGCAAAGGAUCAGUGGGGUAAAUCAGCCCUUAUGUAUGCUUCUGAUGGUGGGCAUACAGCUGUUGUUGAGAUACUUCUUAACACAGAUAAGGUGGAUGUUAACGCAAAGGAUCAGUGGGGUACAUCAGCCCUGAUGUAUGCUUCUAAAUAUGGGUAUAAAGCUAUUGUUGAGAUACUAGAGAAGGCAGGUGCAUUGGAUUAA